AUGCAAACGUGGUUUGUAGCUGUACUGCUUCAUGCCUGGGAAUUCGUAUCUGGCCAGAUUCAUUACUCGAUUCCAGAAGAAUUAGAAAAAGGCGCGUUUGUCGGUAAUAUCGCGAAGGAUGUUGGAUUGGAAGUAAGUGAAUUGUCCCGGCGCAAAUUCCGGAUCAUGACAGCAACAAAGAAGCGGUAUUUCGAAGUAAAUUCAGACGAUGGCGUUUUAUUUGUUAAUGACAAGAUUGACAGGGAGCAGCUGUGCAGUCAAAGUCUGACUUGUUCUCAAAAUGUCGAGGUUGUCAUAGAAAACCCUUUGAAUUUGUACCGUGCUGAGGUUGAAAUACAAGAUAUCAAUGAUAAUUCUCCCACUUUUCCGCAAAGUGAGGUGCGGCUGGAGAUUGUUGAGUCAACGCCUCCGGGUAUUCGCCUACCGCUUCAGAGUGCGCAAGAUCUCGAUGUGGGUACAAAUUCUAUUCGCGCUUAUGUGCUCAGUCCGAAUGACCACUUCAAGUUGGACGUUCAGAACGUCAGCGAUGGAACGAAAACUGUAUAUCUCUUACUUAAUAAUUACUUGGACAGAGAAAAGCAGGUGACUCAUAACUUAGUUCUCACUGCCCUGGAUGGUGGAAUUCCUGAGCGAUCAGGUACCGUCCGAAUUAUUGUCACCGUGCUUGAUGUCAACGACAACGUGCCUGUAUUUGAUAAGCCAGUUUACCGAGUGAAAGUGAUUGAAAAUGAAAUCAUCAACACAUUAGUUAUUAAGCUGAACGCUACGGAUUUGGACGAAGGUACAAAUGCUGAUAUAAUCUAUUCUUUCAGCAGCUCCACUCCUCAGAGAGUACGUGAACUGUUUAGCGUUGAGCAGCUUACAGGAGAGAUCAGGGUUAAAGGGGUGCUGGAUUAUGAGGAAAGCAAUGUGUACGAGGUGAGCAUAGUAGCUAGAGACAAAAGCCCUACUUUUUUACCUGUAUAUUGUAAAGUUAUUGUGGAGAUUCAGGAUGUGAAUGACAUCCAACCGGAGAUAGCGUUGAUGUCUGUGCUUGAAGCGUUACCUGAAAACGCCACAACUGGAACAAUGAUUGCUGUGCUUAGCGUAACCGACCCCGAAUCUGGAGCGAACGGCAACACUCAUUGUCUCAUUCCGAAACAUCUCCCGUUCGAGCUCAAAUCAGCUUUCAAGAACACUUAUCUGAUUGUCACUUCCGGUCAGUUGGACAGAGAAACUGUUCCCCAGUACAAAAUUAACGUUACUUGCUUCGAUGCUGGUUCUCCUCAGCUCUCGGUUAAUAAAGUCAUACCGCUGGAGAUUUCUGACAUUAAUGACAAUGCUCCACAUUUCCUGACGUCAUCAAACACAGCAUACGUAAUGGAAAAUAACACACCAGGAGCAUCAAUCUGCUCCGUGACCGCCUUUGAUUCAGAUCGCGGUCAAAAUUCAGAUGUUUCUUAUUCGAUUAUGGAGAGUCAAACUCAAGGAUUGCCGGCCACAUCUAUUGUAUCCAUUAAUUCAGCAAAUGGUAUAAUUUUCUCGCAGCGUUCCUUUGAUUACGAACAGUUUAAAAACUUUCAAAUCCACGUACAAGCUCGAGAUGCUGGAGUCCCCUCCCUCAGCAGUAGUGUUAUGGUAAAUGUUGUCAUACUCGACCAAAACGACAAUUCUCCAGUAAUCGAGUCUACUCGGACAGAAAAUGAAACUGUGCCUCGGUCUGCGUAUCCAGGGUACCUUGUGACAAAAGUGGUUGCAACGGAUGCAGAUUCUGGACAGAAUGCAAGACUCUCUUACUAUUUGAUCCACGCGACUGAUAUGAGUCUUUUUAUUAUAAAUUCGGGAGAAAUCAAAACGAAACGCUUCAUUGACAGCCGUGACUCUACUACUCAGGUCUGUGUGGUCUUGGUAAAAGACAAUGGGCACCCGUCCCUAUCUAGCACUGCCACAAUCACAGUGCUAUUAGUAGAUAGCAAUGCUGAGAUUACUUCAGAAUUUCAUAAUCUGUCUGAAAACAUUGAGCAUUCCUCCAAUUUGGCCAUGUACAUCAUUAUAUCGUUAGGGUCAACGUCGUUCAUCCUUCUGUUAAUAAUCAUUUUCCUUGUUACAAGUAUAUGCCUCAACAGCGAUGAAAGCGGUCAUAAUUAUUCCUUGAAUGACCACUACCUUGGACGUGAGAUUUCGAACCAUGCACCAAAAUCUAAAGCACGUUUUCAAAUCGACACCGAUGUUCAAUUAAAGUCAGCUCCUCGGGUUUUGGAAGUAAGUGCAAAUGGAUCACUGUCUGGAACACACUGCUAUCAAGUUCGCCCAGCAACUGAACAGGAAAGAAACGCCUGCUUCUUUCAUUCCCCUUCCAGUUCUAUGGCGCGCAGAAGCGAUAUAAAGAACGCCGAGAUAUUUUUAUCAGAUUAUAAUCAGCGGACGAAACGAAGCCCUCGAACUUCCAAAGAGGUGAGUGAAAUUAAUAAGGACUCAAGCCAGCGAUAUACCCACUAA